AUGCAACAACCGAUUGGCUUAACUGUCCAAGGCCUUCAUGGUCGUUCACGGCAGGAGCGAACAGUGCAGCAGAAACCUAUAAGGCGCCGGUGGUCAUCCCCGCCGUCCCCCUCUCCUUCUCUUGCGCCCUCCACACCACCUACAGCGGCGGCGUCAGUUAUCAACAAAAAUAAUCAAACGAAUACCGCGGUGGUGUGUCUGCCCUCGUCCCCUUCCACCGUUUCGCAGCUUGACCCGUCAGUCCCGUCGUCUUCGGCGCUUGCAGCGCUGGAGGGGCCACUUCCAGCGGAAGUGCGUGAAAUUAUCCAUAACAGUUGCACGGGAGAAGACGCAGAGUUAGCGGAGCGCCAGGCGCGCAGGCUACUGAGCACGAGUCGCCGUGUGCAUGUGUACCGUGCUGAGUUGCAAAGUGCUAUCGAAGAAGUGAAGGAUGUGGAGCAGUUGCUCAAACGGCAUCAAGUCAUUCAAACCGCUCUUCGCACGGAGCUGAAUGAUUUGAACGGUCGUAUUGAACAGCUGCUAAAGGAGCGGCGUCUAUGCGAGAUCCAGCUUCAGCAACAGGGAGAUGAAGAACAGCGAAGGGCGGCGAAGUUACAGGAGGCGAAUAUGCGGGUAGAUAUACUCCGCUCAACCAUAGAUAAGAUCACAAAUGAAACACUAGCGGGGCACGUGCUUCUUCAAAAGUUAGUACCGAAUCUACAUGUGAACAAUUACUUGACAUAG